AAUAAUUUUUUUCUAUAGAAAAAUAUCUUUUAGUCAAAAUAAAAUAUUAUUAGUAUAUAUGUGAAAGAAUAUCCACCAAUGUUAAGAAGCAAAUCUCUUAAGUCAAAAUAAAAUAUUGUUAGUGUAUAUAUGGAAGAUCCAUCAAUGGUAAGAAAGAGAAAUGACAACCUUUUUUUGUUACAAUCACAGAACCUAAAUGUUCUAUAAAUUAAGCUUUUACUUACACUCUAGAAAAUCACACAACAUAUAUUUUUAAUAAAGUUUAUAGUUGAUACAACUAGCAAGACAAAAUGGCCAUCACAAAGACUUCAGUGACUCUUUUACUCUUAAUAAUAAUGGCUGUUUCGUUGUCUAAUUUCAGCGUCUUGGCUUCGGACAUCAAACCUACAGGAAGAAUUGAUAAUCAAUGCAAGCAGAUGUGUUCGGGCGGUUACGGGGACGGUAAAUGUGCCGCGGACUGUAGGAAGGCUGGUUUCUCAUCCGGACGAUGUCUUACUUCUUCUCCUUUCGGAAAUAAAUGUUGUUGCACCUAGUGAUAGAAACCGAUCUAUAUGAGUUUUCUCUUGUUGUAUUGCCACAAAUCAUAAUUAAUUGCAAUAAAAUAAAAUAAUUUUAUUUUUAAAUUUUUCUUAAUCAAAAGUACGAGCUAC